GUCUCGGGUUACCGUCCCGACCAGCUUCUACCCCAGCACAAUCUCAACGAAUCCCAAUUCCCAUCCAUUCGUGUCAUCGUGAUGAUGAGGGCAGGUGUCGUCAUCGCCAUCAUCGCGGCCGCGCUCUCCUGCGGUAUGCACAUCUCUGAAAACCCCGGCAGAAUCCAUGCCCUCAAUUUUGCGAAUUGCGUGUGUGAGAACAUGCAGGUGCGGCCAAGGAAUUUGAUCUUCAAGAUACUGCGAAGAGUAAGGGGAGACAGCUGUGCUCUGCAAUGAACGAUGCCUUGCUUUCAUGCUGGUUGCAGGGCGGGGCCACCAAGGGCACAGGAACACCAGCUUACCUCUUCCGGCUGAGUUCAAAUGCGCAAAAGACCCCGCACGUACGUGAAUGAAAAGCCACGCACACCUUUUCACCGGCAUGGCCGUGUCUCUCACUCUCUCUCUCUCUCGAACGACCGACAGCUUGUGAUUUCUCGGGAGACGCCGAGAAAGUGUGCGGAGAAACCGAGGAAGAGGAGCUCCUGAUAUGCGUUAGCGGGUACAGCAGAUGCACGUGCGGGAUGCGUGUACUUCGAUGUUGUGCCAUGCUUGGCCCAGGAAGACGCCCACUGAGCAGGAAAUCACCCUCAAGGAUCCCGAAAUUUAUUGGGUCGACUGGCGAAAUGUCCGAGUGCCCUGCGAGACAAAAGCAAGGCAAGCCAUCCAAACCAUUCAUUCGGUCGCUGCCUCCGACCUCGAAGCCCUCUGGGAAAAAUGAUAGGAAAACGCAGACAGAUGGCAACGUGUACAUGUGCACGGCCGCUUCAUCUUGGGCCUGCUUUACCGUUUGUUUGUUGGUACAGCGUCUGCUGCCCGAAGGCAUACAGCCUCACCGACAUUGACGAGGUACUCGACCCCGAAGAGGAGGCCGAGCGAGCCGUGCUCAGGGAGGAGGAGGAACGCCAGCUUCGCCUCGCCUCAUACCCGUUCAAAACCGCCGAGGAGCUCGAGGCCGCCAUGGAUGAGUUCGAGGCCAAAGAGCGGCUGAAAGAGGAAGAGGCCGCCAAGGCGCUGGCCGCAAAGGCUGCCAAGGAGCUGGCCGCGAAGCCGGAACGCCCCAAAUCGAGACAGAAAGUCACUUCUGUACACCCUUCGGUCCGUACGCGCACCACAAGGACGACUCCCUCGAAUGCAGCAGGGAAGACGGCAACAACAGCAGGGAAGACGACGACAACAGCAGGGAAGACGACUUCCUCGAAGGCAGCAAGCAAGACGACGCCGACCAAGACGACGCCGACCAAGACGAGGACAACCAAGAAGGCCCCGUCAGAGGCAAAGGCCCAGCCAGUUUGGCACUGACGCCGACGGCUUCAAAAGCGAAGACCUGAGGUGAGCGAAUGUGCGAGGGGAGCCGACCAGGCGUCAUUCUUUCUCCAUGGAUGCAUACGUACAGGCAGACAGAGACACAGAUCAUCAAGACAACCGAUUGAGUCGAUCCUGGGGUGAUGUCAAGCUGGUCCUGUCGGUCGGACAGAACAUACAUGUACGUACAGUGUCCGUACGUAUGUACAUGCAUUUCCACAUAUGUACGUACGUACAUGGGACACACUACAUUGACCGAUUGAAUCUGUGAGUCACUCGAUUGAUUCUCGCUCGGUCGGUCAAUCAGUGACUGGGUGAGUGAGUAAGAGAGAGAGAAGAUCAAAUGUUUCC